AUGAUGCAUCCUCAAGUCUUCAUUUCUGGCCUCAUACUUCUUCUCCCAGGUGCUGUGGAUUCUAAUGUAGCAGUGAAGGGGGUGGUGGGUCGCCCUGUCACACUGCCGUGUACUUACUCAACACGUGGUGGGAUCUUUACCACAUGCUGGGGCCAGGGGGCAUGCCCGUCUUCUCGUUGUGCGAACACACUUAUCUGGACCAAUGGAUAUCGCGUCACCUAUCAGAGGAGCAGUAGAUACCAGCUAAAGGGGAAUAUUUCGGGAGGAAACGUGUCCUUGACAAUAGAGAAUGCUGUCGAGAGUGACAGUGGUCUGUAUUGUUGUCGCGUGGAGGUUCGUGGAUGGUUCAAUGAUCAAAAAGUGACCUUUUCAUUGGAAAUCAAACCAGAAAUUCCCACGAGUCCUCCAACACGACCCACGACUACGAGACCCACAACUACAGAAAGACCCACGACGCUGUCAACAGGACCCACACGUGUACCAGCAUCACCCAGAGUCUCCACCUCUGCUCCUACAACACCAGCGCACACGCAGACUCACACACCAGAUUGGAAUAACACUGUGACAGCCUCAGACGACUCUUGGAAUAAUUACACUGACAUGAUCCCUUCAGGGAAGGCACAGAAGAACAUGACUAGUGGCUUCUAUAUCAGCAUCCUCAUCGCUGCCCUGCUGUUGCUCCUGCUUGUGUGCACUGUGGCUAUCACCAGGUACAUCUGUACGAGAAAGAAGUCGCAGUCUCUAAGCCUGGUAACAUUUCGUUUCUCUAAGAUUGGAGCUUUGCAAAACUCAGUGGUUUUCCGGUCCCGAGCUGAAGACAAUGUAUACAUAAUUGAAGAUAGUCCUUAUCCUACAGAUUGA